AUAUGUAAAUAGUUGAUUAGUCAUUGGGCCAAGUCUUCUGCAGUCAAUGUCCAAGUAAACUAAACAGCUAUGUCAUACAUUCAGUGUAUGAUGAAGAAUGAAUGAAGAGUUUAUGUUAUUAAUUUUUUUAGCCCAUACACGUAUUAGUUGGUUAUUCAUGAUGGCCUUAGUUUGCGAAUUUCUGUUCCUUUUGUUUUCUCACCUUAUGUUAGUUGGUAAUGGGUACGAAGAAGAUUGUCCAGCUUCAUUAAAAUGUGGUUUCUUAGGCAAUAUCAGCUUCCCUUUCACUACAACAGAAUACCAGGAUUGUGGUUUAUUGCCAAUACAUAAUUGUGAUGAUCCAGGGAAGCCCAAAAUGGUCCAAUUUCAGAAUAAAGGAAAAUGGUUGGAGGUUGAAAUUGUAAAUCCUCUUGAGUUUCGCGGUGGUAAUGCUACUAGUGCUUGUGUUUUCAGAGACAGGAAUCUCUACCAACUGCUGCAAAACAAAAGUUGUGAAGCUUUCAAAUAUAAUUAUACUCUUCCUCCAACCUCUCACUUUGUUUCUUUACAUAUAGAAACUCAUGCAACCUUGUUCAUGUGCAACCGUACCCUCCAUGUAAACCCUCCAAAAUAUACGCAUAACUAUACAAACUGCCCUCUCUAUGAUUUCUACUACCAGUCUUACAACAAUCCUGAUAAUGCAUCUCGGAGUCCUUUUACAGCUUGUACAAAGGUCCUGCUUCCCGCUAAAGACUUUGCUGACGCUGACGACCCUUUUACUUUACUAACUGCGGAUAUCCUAGUUCAAUUAAACAUAACAGAGGAAUGUUCAAAUUGUCACUACAACCAAAGAGGACGAUGUCAACUUGACAGCAACGGAAGGUUUUAUUGUGCCAACGUUAUGGAUGCAAAGAAAAAAGGGCUGGGGUGGAAUGUUAGACCGCGUAUAGGUAAUGUACCAUUUCUAUAACCUUUCAUCACACAGCUUCAAGAUUCAUUUAUUUUUAAUGUAAAAGUCUAUCAAUCUGUUACAAUGCAAAUUUUGUAGAAGAAAAUCAAUCUUUAUUGUAUGUAGAAGCCAUUACUUUAUUAUUAAAAAACAAAGUCAUUAUUUCUUUUAUC